GAAAUUUUGAAAGGCGCUGGCGACGGGAAAAAAGAAAAACCUUAAAAAGCAAUGGACCUCCCCAUUCGAAAAUCAAAUUUCGAAUUGGGUGCUGGAUGUCACGACGGCAAUGCGGGGCAGGUGGAGUCCAUACUGACGAUGGUGGAAAUGGGCAUUUGCAGCGGCACAGUGGAGUCGUCGUAAGUCGUCACGAAUUUGUGAGCACCCCGCAAAGGUCCAUUGUCAUCGCCUCCUCCCGCCGCCGUGCGUAUGUGUGGAGUCGAGCACACGCGGGGAACGUCAUCGGCGACUUGGCGCUGAGGUUACCGUGGUCGUGGCGAUUCGUAGGCUGUUGUAUUUUUGUGGUUCAUGAGCAUUGCAACACACGUGCCAAUGGAGGGCGGCAGCGACGACGGACGUGCGAAGUUGACGACAAUCGAGAAGACGGUCGUGACGGUCGUGCUCUUCGUUGUCAGCAGGAGAGGGCAUUGGGCAGAAUGAGAGCGCAGAUCUGCGCGCGGAGGAGGAAGACGCUUCAUCAAGUCCCGGUUGAAGGGUUGGAUACCGUGGCCAUCAUCGAGGCUGUAGUUCAGGAUUGCUGCACCAUGGGUUACAGUGUUCUUCCACAAGCGACGCCGAGGUGGUGGAUGAAAAGGAGGAUAGGGGGGGCGUGGGAGGAUCUCCGGCGAUGCGAUGACGCGGUGGAGUACUUCCGGGAGAAGCUUCGUAUGUCGCCAUAUGUCUUUCGGGCGAUGGCAAUUGCUUCCAGUGUGAACGAACGCCCGCGGGACGCGUGGCCGAUGUCAAUGUCGACUGCAGUCGGUGUCGAUCCCUCGUCUUCUGUGCUGGAGGCCUUAGAUAGAGGUCGGCCAUCAGCGAUAGAGGAUGCACACGUGGAACAAGAGGACCACCACAAGCAAAAUCGUGAAUAGGAGCAGCAGUGGCAGCCUUCAAUAGAGGUCGGCCAUCAACGACACGUACGACAGGGUCGUAACUCCACGAUGACGGUGAAGGUCCACCGAACGGCGAUGAUGAAGGGAGCAAACGGUAGAGGACAGCAUACGGCACACGCACUCUAACGGGUCGUACGCCCUUGCACUGCGAGUCAAGACGUGGCCUGCGUGGUGGCUCGUGGAGUGGUCCACUGAAGACCAGCUCUUCGCCUGCCGUUUGUCCAUGAUGAUGCCCUUCUUCGCAGAACGCCUCUUGUGUGUGCGUCCAAACAGCUUGAAGAGGAUGCAGAUGUAGAAGACGAUUAGAAGGACAAACAAAAUGAUUACCAAGAG